AUGGUCCUCAACUAUGACAUGGCCAAGAACAUUGAAGACUAUAUCCAUCGUAUUGGCCGAACGGGUCGUGCUGGAAAGAGUGGUAUGGCGAUGACUUUCCUGACCAAAGAAGACUCUUCUGUUUUCUACGACCUGAAGCAGGCCAUCUUAGAAAGUCCCGUGUCCAACUGCCCGCUCCCACUCGCCAAUCACCCAGACGCCCAGCACAAGCCCGGCACCAUCCUUACCAAGAAGAGGAGAGAGGAGACCAUCUUUGCUUGAGCCAAACUUGUUUUUU